AUGAGCCAACUCCUGACUUCACGCCAAGCUGAAGAGCUGCAUAAAGCCAUCGUUGCAUACCUCUCAUCUAACAAUCUUCCCAACACUGCCGCUGCACUACGAGAAGAAUUGAAUCUUGGCGACAGCUUUGAUUCUGCUACGUCAAAGAAAUAUGAGGGUCUCCUAGAAAAGAAGUGGACCAGCGUUGUGCGGCUACAGAAGAAGAUUAUGGAGCUGGAGUCAAAGACCGCCUCCCUACAAUCCGAGUUGGAUAAUGCAACACCCACCUCUCUCUCUAAGCGAAACCAGGAUCCGUCUAGCUGGCUCCCCCGAUCUCCUGCACGCCACACCCUGGAGUCCCACAGAGGUCCUAUCACCUCCGUCGCGUUUCACCCUGUCUUCUCCUCCCUAGCCACCGGUUCUGAGGAUUACACCAUAAAAAUAUGGGACUGGGAGCUGGGAGAAUUGGAGCGGACGAUAAAGGGACAUACCAAAGCGGUAUUAGAUGUUGACUUCGGUGGUCCAAGGGGAGGAACCCUGCUCGCAUCGUGCUCGAGCGAUCUAACCAUUAAAUUAUGGGACCCUUCUGAAGAUUACAAGAAUAUCAGGACUUUACCAGGACAUGACCAUAGCGUUAGUGCCGUUCGGUUCAUUCCAUCAGGUGCCGCCGGUGCGCCAAGUUCUAGUAAUCUUCUUGUAUCCGCCUCUAGGGACAAGACUCUACGUAUAUGGGAUGUGUCGACGGGCUAUUGCGUGAAGACGAUACGAGGACACGCGGAGUGGGUUAGGGAUGUAUGCCCAUCGCCGGAUGGCCGUUAUAUAUUGUCCGCCGGCAACGACCAGACCGCUCGCCUCUGGGAUAUUUCGCUUGCAAACCCCGAGAGCAAGUUGACAUUGGUCGGCCACGAGCAUACGAUCGAAUGUUGUACUCUAGCACCUCCCUCCACUUACCAGUACCUUGCGCCUUUAGCCGGACUGAGUAAACCGCCCCCGGCGUCGAGCUCUGCGGAGUUUAUGGCGACUGGAUCCCGAGACAAGUCGAUACGCAUCUGGGAUGCGAGAGGGAAUUGUAUCAAGACUCUUGUGGGGCAUGACAACUGGGUGAGGGCGUUAGUCUUUCAUCCAGGAGGGAAAUACCUGCUCAGCGUCUCCGACGACAAGGUCUUGCGUUGCUGGGACUUGUCUCAAGAGGGAAAGUGCGUCAAGAUGCUCGUAGACGCACAUGGACAUUUCGUGUCUUGCUUAAGGUGGGCGCCGGGAAUUGUACGCGAAGCAGCGGCAAACGGGUCAGCCGAAGGACAGAAUGGUGCUUCUACGAAUGGUACCGCGAAGGCUGACGUGCAGAUCCGAUGCGUUAUCGCAACUGGGUGUGUGGACUGCAAACUAAGAGUGUUCGCCAACUGA